AUGAUGGAACUAAUUAUUUUUACUCUCUCGAUUUGGGUGACAGCAGUUUCAUCGCAUUUUCAUGUUGAAAAUGAAGACGGAAACCUCAAAACGCCACAAAUCACCACUAAAUACGGCUAUGAAACCGAGAUCCAUAAGCUGAACACCUACGGUGGAUUUAUCAUAGAAAUGCAUCGAAUUACGGCUUCACCGUCAACCGGUCCGUUUGAUCCUCGGAAGAAACCGAUAUUUUUGAUGCACGGAUUGCUGGGUUCUUCGGGUGAUUGGGUUCUGAUUGGACCCAACCAUGCACUUGCGUACUUGCUCUCGGAUCAAGGGUACGACGUGUGGCUCGGAAAUGCCAGAGGAAACCGCUACUCAAGAGAGCAUAGCUAUUUGACGAUGGACAAGAAAGAGUUUUGGGAUUUUUCUUGGCAUGAAAUCGGCCUUUACGACGUACCAAUGAUAGUUGAUUUUAUUUUGGAAACACGCCAAGUCGAUAAACUACACUACAUUGGACAUUCCCAAGGAACUACGGCUUUCUUUGUGAUGACAUCGAUGAUGCCGGAAUAUAAUGACAAGGUUACAAAACUGUACGCAUUAGCCCCAGCUGUGUAUUUGUAUCAUCUUAAUAACCCUUUCUUAAGGUACCUAGCAAUGCAUAUUCAAGCGGCUACGAACAUUGCGAAUAUGUUGGGUAUUCAUCAAAUUGCUCCGUCUGAACCGUUUUUCAAUCAGGUGGCAACGAAUGUCUGUCCAAACAGUGGGCAGUACUGUGUCAAUACUAUGUUUCUGUUAUCGGCCGGUGAGUAUCGAAAUUUAGAUCCCGUAAUAGUGGCGGUGGUCAUUGGUCACAUCCCUGCCGGAGCCUCGAUCAAGCAGUUUAUCCACUAUGGGCAAGCGGUCACGUCGGGGCACUUUCGUCAGUUUGAUUACGGUCCAGAAAACAACACUGCAGUCUACCGCUCACUCGAGCCUCCGGAUUACAAUUUAACUAAUGUUCGUACUCCUGUCAGCAUCUAUUACGGCCUUAGUGAUCAACUCACACAUCCGAUGGAUAUCCGACGCCUUGCGCAAGAUCUGCCAAAUUUGGCCUCCCUGUACCAAAUUCCAAGUGCCUCAUUUAAUCAUAUGGACUUUCUAUUGGCCGGUGAUAUGAAAGAACAUCCGUUGCUGGACAUGGAAAUUGCCUUUAAUACCCUCGACGGUCAACUUGCCGUACCGCUGCUGUAUCGCGACGAAAUGCCACAAGAUUCCCUCGCCCGGCCGACCGAAGCCAGUUUAAUCGAAGUAAAUGUGUUGAAACAGUGA